CUGAUCUUAUAAAGUACAAGGUGACAGUUCUACCCAUCCUACACUCAUUGACUGCAGCUGUGUGCGAAAGCCGCUAAUCCCGGACCCUCCGAAAGCCGUAACAAACCGCUCCCAGCCAUGUAUGCCUGCGCCAAGUUCGUCACUUCUCCUGCUGUGCUGCGUGGGGGGUCCAGAGUCCUCGCCCGGCCAGUCUCCGUCUCCCUCUUCAACAGACCUGAAGCCACAGCGGAGCAGCAGGCCCUGCUGCCAGUCAGCCAGUCUGCAGUCCUGAGCCGGUCCUUCCAGACCAGCGCCGUCUCCCGAGACAUCGACACCGCUGCCAAGUUCAUCGGCGCCGGUGCUGCCACAGUGGGUGUGGCCGGCUCAGGAGCCGGAAUCGGAACAGUGUUCGGCAGCCUCAUCAUCGGCUAUGCCAGGAACCCCUCCCUGAAGCAGCAGCUCUUCUCCUACGCCAUCCUGGGUUUCGCUCUGUCUGAGGCCAUGGGUCUCUUCUGUCUGAUGGUGGCGUUCCUCAUCCUCUUCGCCAUGUAAAACCCGGAAAACACACCGACAGUUAACUUACCCCCUUCCUCCAUGUCUCCUUUCCUUCUCCCUGCCUCUCUUCCUCCCAUCUGGAGAAGUGAGGGGGGGGUUCCAGAAUGGUAACUCGGAAUGAGCUGAUGGGCCAUUCCAAAAGGAAAUAUAUAUAAAUGGAACAAAUAUUCACAUCUGAGGUUAACAAACCUGCAAUUGUACGUUUUUAUGUUCCUACGCUUAUUUUUGUUUUUCAAAAGUUUUAUGUAAGACCUCACUUCGGUUGAAAUCUGUCCAAAAUAAAUGGUUGGGAUAACUAAAACAAAACAAAAAAAAGUCUGCAG